CUCCAGUCCAAGAGGGGAUUUUGCCUAUCUGCCAACUUCAUCUUCUCUCCACUCUCUCCGACGUUCCCUUUGAUCCCGACUGAUAGCAGCAAGGACCAACGGUUGAACGAUGGCGGUCCAGAGCCGGCUUCAGCCAACGAUUGACGCCGUCAAGGUCAAUGCCCUCAACUAUGGGGCAAGGGCCUUUGUCGGCUACAGGCAGAACCACGCCCUGAUCCAGCGCAUCCUCCAGAUCGGCUACAUUACCUUUGUCGUCGGCUCGACGUGGCGCGGGCUCAACCCGAAGAAGAAAAAGAAGGCGAAGCAGGCGACCUCAGAAGAGCUUCAGAAGUCCGCAGACAGCGGCGAAAAGACCGAGGCAGAGAAGAAGAGGAUCCUCGAGGCCCAGCAAGCCGCACAGCAGGCUGCCGAGGAGGCAGGAAAGGGUGGACGGAGAAGAAAGGGCAAGGGCAGGGGCCCCAAGGUCGAGGUGGAUGCCGUCUUCUUCGAGCGGCUACGCAGACUUCUCAAGAUUGUCAUUCCUGGCGCCAAGAGCAAGGAGGCGAUGCUUAUCAUCGCCCACUCAUUCUUCCUCGUCAUGAGGACAAUCAUCUCCCUCUACGUCGCCGAGCUCGAUGGUCGCAUCGUGUCAUCGCUCGUCCGCAGCAAGACGAGGGAGUUCCUCAAGGGCAUCGCUUUGUGGAUGGCAAUCGCUAUCCCGGCGACAUAUACCAACUCGCUCAUCGACUUUCUCCAGUCGAAGAUUGCGCUCGCCUAUCGGUCACGGCUGACGCAGCGCGUCCACGACGAGUACCUCUCUGACGCUACCUACUACAGCUUGGGUAAUCUCGAUGACCGGAUUCGCAAUGCUGACCAGCUCAUUGCCGUCGACAUUGCCAAGUUCGCCACUUCGCUCGCAGAGUGCUACAGCAACAUUUCCAAGCCCAUUCUUGACGUCUGCCUCUACAACUACCAGCUGUCGCGGAACGUCGGCGCUGAGGCACUCAUCCUCAUCACCGUCCUCGUUCAGGGCUCAGCCGGGCUGCUGCGUGCCCUGACACCACCAUUUGGUCAAUAUGCGGCCGAGGAGCAGAAGCUCGAGGGAGAGUACCGAUGGGCUCACUCGAGGCUCAUCGAGAACAGCGAAGAAGUGGCAUUGUACAGGGGACAGAAGCUCGAGAAGAACGUCAUCGAGCGAGCGUACUUUUCUCUGAUCAAGCACGUCAACAGGAUCUAUCGGAUCCGCAUCGGACACGGCAUGGUCGAGGAGGGCAUUGUCAAGUGGCUCUGGGGUAGCCUGGGCCUCGUCGUUUGCGCGAUUCCCGUCUUUGUCAAGAUCCCUGGCGUCAAGGGUGGAGACUUGGGCAGCCGGACCGAAGCCUUUGUCACGAACCGAAGGCUGCUCCUUUCGAGCAGCGACGCCUUCGGUCGUGUCAUGUACUCGUACAAGGAGCUUGCCGAGCUGGCCGGCUACACGGCCCGAGUCUCCGACCUGCUCGACACGAUGGAGGCGGUCAAGCAGGGGCGAUAUGAGAAGAAACUUGUCUCGUCUGCGGGCACGGAGGAGAAUGCUGCCGUGCUUCGGGGCAGAGGCAACGUCGUUGAGUCGCCCGACGUCGAGUUCAUCGAUGUUCCCAUUGUGAGCCCCAAUGGUGACGUGCUCGUGCGGAAGAUGAGCUUCAAGAUCACCGGUGGCCAGCACCUCCUCAUCGUCGGACCCAAUGGCUGUGGAAAGAGCUCUUUGUUCCGCAUCCUCGGAGGUCUCUGGCCAGUCUACGGUGGCACGGUGCGUAAGCCCAAGGCUUCCGAGUUCUUCUACCUCCCGCAACGGCCCUACACGUCGCUCGGCACACUGCGAGACCAGGUCAUCUACCCUCACACAGUCUCAGAGAUGCGGGCGCGGGGAAAGACAGACGAGGAACUUCUCGACAUUCUCAAGAUUCUCCAGAUCGACCACAUCGUCGAGCGGGAAGGCGGCUGGGAUGCGCAGCGCGAAUGGAGGGACUCUCUGAGUGGCGGAGACAAGCAGAGAAUCGCAAUGGCCAGGCUCUUCUACCACAAGCCGAGGUACGCCAUCCUGGAUGAGUGCACGAGCGCCGUCACGCUCGAGGUGGAGAAGGUCAUGUACGACUAUGCGACCGAACUGGGCAUCUCGAUGCUCACCGUCUCGCACCGACCUUCGUUGUGGCGAUACCACCAAUUUGUCCUGCAGUUUGACGGCCAAGGCAACUACGUCUUCACCAAGCUCGACGCCGAGAAGCGGCUGGCAUUGCAAGAGGAGAAGCAGAACCUCGAGCAGAAGCUGCUCUCGGUGCCAAAGUGGCAGGAGCGACUCGACAUGCUCCUCAAUGCGGAAAAGGAGCGAAAGGAGAUUUCAAGGCCGUCGAGCCCCGUCGCCGGCUUCUCCGCUUCCAACAAGCAGGCCUGAGAGGUCGCUGCCAGUGUGUUAUUUACCUACUUCGUGUUUGUAAUGCAGUUUUGAAGCCCACACAUAGGUCU